AUGCGUCGGCUCGACCGGAGUGAUACCACGGCCUCACAGAAAACCGGCGUGGAACAACCACAGCGUUGUGUUUCGCCUUCGGCAAACGAGUUGAUGGAUUACCUGAUGGUGUUUAUACCACUGUUUUGCAUCGCGGCACUGGCCAUCGCCGAACCUCCAGUCGGCGACGGCUACCCUCAUUCAAGUCAUCAUCAUGAUCACGGCCAUGAUCACGAUCAUAUUCAAGACUUCCAGAGAUCCAUCUCCCAAGAAUACGGAGCUCCUGCCAGAUCUUUCGGAUCGUCGCGCAACUCCCUCUCAACUGAAUACGGACCUCCGAAGGCCAGAACUGCGAACCCAAGAUCAGGACCUUCACAGACUUAUGGAGUACCAAAUCAACGGAGUGGAAUUUCUCAAGAAUACGGAAUUCCCAGCGAUAUAUCAUCUUCACGAAACCUGUCAACUGAAUAUGGUCUUCCGAACCUUCGCAGUGUACCUUCAACUGAGUAUGGUGUACCCAAUGCUCGAAGCAGUCUUUCUGAGGAGUAUGGUGCACCAGCUGUUAGGAGUUUAUCACAAGAAUAUGGCGUACCAUCAGCUUUGUCUCAAGAGUACGGAGUUCCUGCUGAGAGAACCAGUCUAUCCCAAGAAUAUGGAGUUCCUUCAUCUCGAUCCUUAUCUCUAGAAUACGGCGUCCCUUCAGCUAGAUCCUUGUCUCAGGAAUAUGGUGCACCUUCAGCUAGAGCCAGCCUAUCUCAAGAAUACGGUCCUCCAUCAGCUCGUUCUCAAACACCCUCCUCCCAAUACGGUCCCCCUGAAUUUCGCUCAACUCCCUCAGAAGAAUAUGGAGUACCAGCCCAAAGGAGCUUCGGUUCGCGCUCGCCUUCGCAGAAAUAUGGACCGCCUGCUUCCCGUAGCUCUUCCUACUCUCCUAAUUCCUUAUCUCAAGAAUAUGGAGCUCCCUCAUCCAGAUCCGCUGAUACCCACAGUUUUACCACCCCUAGAAGCAUCGCCAAGUCUUUCGGAAGCAGUGCGGCUCGAUCCUUCAAACCCCACGCAGAAGGUCGGUCCUCAUUCGGCUCGCGAUCUCCAUCAACUACCUAUGGUGCUCCAAGUGCGAGGAAUUCCGGCUCUUAUUCCCAAAGUUCGAAGGCUCUUUCUCAGACAUAUGGCGCACCUGCCCAGCGCGAUUUGUCGGAUACCUAUGGAGUGCCAAACGCGAGGAGUUUAUCUCAGGAGUAUGGUGUGCCGUCGAGCCGCGCUGCUGGUCAGAAGACCAGUGCUAUUGCUUCGUCUUACUCUGCUGCUGCAUCCAGAUCUUCUCCAUCAGACACUUACGGCCCUCCCUCAGCUCGCGACUCCAUGCCCUCAGAGCAGUACGGAGUGCCAGACCAGUACAGCAACCAAAACAGCCAGGGUUACUCUUACGCUAGGAGCGCUCUUGACGAACUAGUCAACCAGGAGCCAGCAAACUACGACUUUACAUACAAAGUGAAUGACUAUGAAUCUGGCAGCGACUUUGGCCACACCGAGUCCAGACAAGAGAACAGGGCUGAAGGCUCCUACUUUGUCGUCCUACCUGAUGGUACUAAGCAGACGGUCGAGUACGAAGCUGAUGAGCGUGGUUUCAAGCCGAGGAUCUCAGUGGAACAGGUAGACUUGGGUCGCUCUGGUGGUUACGAUGACAACGCGUCUGAUCUCGCCAGGUCUGGUGAUGGACCUUAUUAA